UUUUUUCCCCGUCUCUUUUUAUUUUCCAUAGGUCACGCGCAGGUGGACGAGCCAAGCGGACCGUGCAGAUGGAAAACCAAACAAUGGGACCAGGAACAACCAUCUUCAUUCACACUAAACGAUCAAAUUGAACACAAACUUGCUUUCCUUGCUUACUAUAUUCCCGUGCACUCCAGAGUUGUUCUAAUUGGCCACUCGAUCGGCGCGUACAUCGCUUUGGAGAUGCUAAAACGAUAUCACGACAGAGAAAAAAUCCUCAAAUGCGUUUUGCUCUUUCCUACGAUCGAGCGAGUAGACUCCGCGCCCAGCGGUAAGUUCUGGAAGUUCAUCUGUCACUAUCUACACUGGCCGUUUCUAAUGGGUACAGUUCUGGUUUCCUUUCUACCAUCUUUCGUCCAAAGAUGGUCCAUAAACUGGUGGAUGUAUUUAAACAAAGUGGAAAACAAGGAAAGCAUAAUGGAGGCGGCGCAAUCAAUGCUAAAUUAUCAUACAGUUGAUAACGUGCUAGAGAUCGGCCGCCAACUUGCUACAAUACGAGAACUGGAUUACGAAUGUAUCCGAGCAAAUCUGGACAAACUUGUUUUUUUCUAUGGGCUGGGCGAUCCCUGGGUCCCACAGGGAUACUACGAGGACAUGAAAGAGAGGUUCCCGGAUGGCGAUAUCAAGCUGUCACGUGACAAAGAUAUCAAGCAUGCGUUUGUCUUGGAUACCUCUGAAAAGGUGGCCAAGAUGGUGUGGGAAUGGAUUGAGGAACAUAUCGGUGAAAUGGGGGAAAGUGCGACAAUUAGCAAUUCAGUGUUGACUGUGGAUUCUGUCAGCAUCUAAGAGGAAUCAUUUUCAACUUCGACCUUGAAUAAUACCACCACAAAAGUUACAAAGCUAUUACGGUCAAGAAUAUUCUCUGAGCCCACGGUGUCCACAGGUUGCUAAGGAACGUGACGUCAGCCCAUAGAGGCAUGUUGACGUCACAAUUUUGGAAUGCUCACGAAUGCUCGCUUUCUUUGUGACUGGACAAGAAGAAUUUGAAUGACUUCAUGUACUUUUAAGGAUUUCACAGUUAGACUGCAUGAUUGCAUGUGAAAACAGAAACUAUGUAUCAGAAAAAUCCAUAAACUUACAAUUUAUUUCGCAUGUUUGCAUGUUUCACAGUCCACUCCAACUCUUGCCCGAAUCGUUCAAUAAGAACGCUCGUUCUAUAAUCCGCAUUUUAUUAAUACCUAUUGCCACAGCUACAACUAUACGAAAUGCAUGGAAACAGGGAAGUCUAAGCGUUGACAAAGGUUAAAAAGAGGUAUGGAUACAAAGUAUUUUAUUGAGCAUUCGCGCCAAUACGCAGUGAAUACGUUAUCUUUUGCUCAACUACGCUAACAAUUAUAUAAAAUAGCUCAAAAAGGCAGUGCUAUAGAUUUGUAUCAUAUCUGAAAAGGAAUGAAUUUUUUUAUUGCUAUUCUUGAGUGAUCGAUAUAUUCAAAUAUGCAUAAUUAACAAUAAAUAUGAUAAUUUUUUGUCGUCAGGAGCUCAUCAGUUGGGAGUGAGUCUCUAAUACCGUGCGAGUAUUUCUGUAAUUAAGGUUAAUCGAAGCUUUUUAUUCCUGGGACUUCGCGUCUAGGUAAAGCUUUCAUUCAUUCGUUGAAACGUCCUGGAAAACUAAAACGCGCCAAAUUCGCGGAACAAUCGUUCUAAAGAUGAAACACCCCUGCUUUAAAAAUACCACCGUUACGGAUGCUCUCUCUUAGAUAAUAGCCUUGAGUCCUUUUACGUAAUGCACAUUGGUGAAAACGUCACUUUUUAAGUCUGUAUAGACUAUAAAUACACGUUUUUGUGACUAUGUGAACUUCGUAACUGAUACAUUACACUGUUUUUUUUUCCAGAUAAUUUAGUGCCCAACUGAUUACAAAAAUGUUCUCCACUUAUAGGAUAGAUAAAAUUAAAGUAGGAGGGAUAUGGUGCUGCGCGAGCGCUAGUGAGUCUUGAAAAAAAAAAAAA